UCCCCAGCCGCUGCCAGACGGAGAAACCGAAAGGGUGGACUCGUUAUAAAUAAUUAAAAGAAGAAGGAAGAAGAAGGAGAAGGAGAAGAAGAAGAGGAAGAAGAGGCACCUUUCUGCUGCUGAACUACCCGGGGAAGAUGCAUCUGCACCAGGUGCUGACGGGAGCCGUGAACCCGGGAGACUGCUGCUACUCGGUGGGCAGCGUGAACGACGUCCCCUUCACGGCCUAUGGCUCCGGUUGUGAUGUAGUGAUCUUGGCCAGUGACUUUGAGUGUGUGCAGAUUAUCCCUGGAGCUCAGAAUGGAAACAUACAGGUGGGCUGCGUGGAGUGCUCCCACCAGCUUGGCAGGAUCGCUGCAUCCUAUGGAAACACAGUCUGCAUCUUUGAACCUCUUUCCACCAACCCAAACAAACGGCAUAAGCAGCUUAACUAUCAGUGGCAAAAGACGGGACAGUUCUUCCUCGAUGCCAUCACCUACAACCUGGCCUGGGACCCACAAGGGAACCGUAUCCUAGCAGCAACCGAGCGGCUCCAGCUGUGGGCUCCUCCGCUGGCAGAUGCCCUGAUAGAGGAGGAAGAUGGGCAGUUGACUGAGGACAAGCCCCACCCUGUCCUUAAUGACUGGAACUGCGUCUGGCAGUGCAAAACUGCUGCAUCUGUUCACGUUGCGAAGUGGUCUCCUGAUGGCGAGUAUAUUGCAACAGUUGGGAAGGAUGACUGUUUACUUAAGGUGUGGUAUCCCACCACGGGCUGGCGAUCUGCAGUGGUGGUCCACGACCCCUCCGAUAAAAAGCCUACUCCUGUCAACUUCUCCUUUGUUUACCUGGCGCAUCCUCGCUCGGUCACUGGUAUGUCCUGGAGGAAGACCAGCAAGUUCAUGCCCAAGGGUUCAGUGUGCAACGUGUUGCUGACGUCCUGCGAGGAUGGUGUUUGUAGAAUGUGGUCGGAGACCCUGCUUCCAGAAGACAGCCUGCUCGGGGGACAGAUCUCUGAGAACUCGCACUCCUUCAGCUCCAGCCUGCCAGGCUUGGCAGGCAAUAAAGACAAGAUCCAGCAUGCUUUAGAGUCAAUCCACCAUCUGAAGCAUCUGCGGCGCGGUCGACGACGGUCCUCUGCACUGGUGGCACAUAGUGAGCUGCUGCCCUCUCAGCUCGGCACGCAGGACACUCACACUCACCGCCACAUCGCUCAUCACGCCAAUGCCCUGUGUCACUUUCACAUCUCAGCCAGUAUUAACCCCAACACAGAUAUCCCAGCAGUGCUGGCCGACUCUGCAGUGUUCAACCCAGAUGAUGGCUCCGGUGGCGGCGGCUUCGUGGUUCACUGGCUCAACAAUAAGGACCUUAGCUUCACUACUUCCAUGGACCUCUUUAUGCUGCAGCUCCGUAAGUUCUCUGAACAGCAGAUGGACCAGACUACUGAGGAUCCCCUGGACCCUGAGGGAUCCCAUUUGAAGUUUGACUUUGACCUAGACGACAUAUCCGAUAAAGCGUCCUCAGAACAAGGUGAAGAGGUUGAGCCAGGGGAGCAGGGAAGCACCAAGGCGUCCUCCCCAGGAUCCAGCUCCAGCAUGCCUUUACCCUCCAUGUUGCUAGAGAGGAAGAUGGAGACUCUGAUCACAGAGUGGAACAAGAGCCCAGACAUGCUGUUCACCAUACACCCUACAGAUGGAUCGUUCCUGGUUUGGCAUGUAAAGUACUUGGACGAAUUCAACCAGGGUAUCUUCAGACAGGUUCAGGUGUCCUUCUCUUCCCGUAUUCCAGUGGCAUUUCCUACAGGCGAUGCCAACUCGCUGAGUAAAAACAUCCUGAUGUACGCGUGCACUUUGACCGAGGGUGACAGUGCCGGGGCAGCGGACCAGGGGAGAAUGGUUCAAUGUGUCGCCCACUCUGCUUCAGUGUCGGCCGGCCUGGGUUCACACUCCCUGGCCAACACUCUCAACCCUCGCCCUGGCAUCAGCCCUGCUGUCAUGAUGGUCUCCAAGCAUGUUGAUGGAUCCCUCAACCAGUGGGCAGUGACAUUUGCCGAGCGCUCUGCCUUCUCAAACGUAUUGACUGUAUCUCAUAAAUGCCGGUACUGUGGCCACCGCUUUCAUCUGAACGACCAAGCCUGCCACACAGUGCUGCCACUGCUGCUGACCUCCUCUCAUCAUAACGCCCUGCUCACGCCUCCCUCAGCACCUGGCAGCCUGGAGGGAGAGCAGCCUCCUACCUUUCCCAUACCAAAGGGACUUCCCAGUAGGAAGCAGCUUCGUAAUGCAGCUACAAGGACCUUCCAUGACCCUAACGCCAUCUACAGUGAGCUGAUCCUGUGGAGGGUGGAUCAUAUUGGACCCCUGUCCUGCACUGGAGGUGUCUCCGAACUGGCCCGAAUCAACUCCCUUCACACCUCCGCUUUCAGCAAUGUUGCUUGGCUACCCACACUCGUACCCAGCUCUGUGCUCGGAACUUACUGUAACAGUGCCAGCGCCUGCUUCGUGGCAUCAGAUGGCAAAAAUCUACGUCUCUAUCAAGCGGUGGUGGAUGCCAGAAAAUUACUGGAUGAGCUGUCAGAUCCUGAAACGUCUAAACUGGUGGGCGAAGUGUUCAACAUUGUCAGCCAGCAGUCCACUGCCAGACCUGGGUGUAUCAUAGAGUUGGAUGUCAUCACAAACCAGUGUGGCGCCAACACCCAGCUGCUGCAUGUCUUCCAAGAGGACUUCAUUCUAGGUUACAAGCCGCAGAAAGAGCCAGAAGCAUUUGCACCGGCCUUUCCAUCUGGCGACGAUUAUCAACCUGCCCCAUUCUCUGAGAAGUUCUUUCUGGUGGUGAUAGAGAAGGAUCUCAACAGGAACUCUGUCCUGCAGAUGUGGCACCUGCACCUGAAAUCUGUGCAAGCCUGUGUGGAUGAACCAAGCCCAGAUUAUAGCUCCCAGAGUCAGCUAAUGGUUCCUAAUCAAGUCGCGAAUGCCGACUCGUCUCCUGAGACCUCUCCGAUCAGACCCCUGCCACGGUCAUCCUCCACAGCCAACCUGCAGUCAGCCAGCAAACUCAUCCUCAGCUCCAAGCUGGUGUACAGCAAGCGACUCGACCUGCCCCACGGCGUGGAGGUUACCAGGGCCACCCCCUCUGCAGGUCACCUCAGCUCCUCCUCUAUCUACCCUGUGUGUCUGGCUCCGUACCUGAUUGUUACAACCUGCUCUGAUUCUCGCGUGCGGUUCUGGCACUGUGCUGUGGAGGGCGAUGACGGGUAUAGUGAGAAUGAGCAUGACAACAGGGCUUACCGCUGGGAGCCCUGGGCCCUGAUGAAUGAGGAGGAUGAUAACAACAGUGCCGUGUGUGUGUCGGGGCGGCCUGUAGCUGUGUCCUGCUCCUACAUCGGCCGGCUGGCAGUGGCCUUUAAACAGCCACGACAAGGACAGCUCCAGGGCUCUGCAAAAGACUUCUCUAUGCAUGUCUCGAUUUAUGAGUGUGAGUCCACCGGUGGAUCUGAGUGGGUUUUAGAGCAAACUCUUCACUUGGAUGAGUUCACAAGGGCCACGUCAACCCUGGAUCCAAGAGUCAGUGUGGACUCCAACCUGUUUGUCUACAGCAGGUCGGACCUCUACAUGAGCAGAGACCAUAGCUCCCCCAACAUAAAGCACUAUGUUCAUCUGGACUGGCUGUCGAAGGAGGAUGGAUCUCACAUCCUCACUGUGGGGGUUGGAUCCAACAUUCUCAUGUAUGGCCGUAUUUCUGGCAUGGUCAACGAGCAGACUUACAGCAAAGAGGGAGUGGCUGUCAUUACCCUUCCUCUAGGGGGCAGUAUCAAACAGGGGAUCCGCUCACGCUGGAUCCUGCUUCGGUCUGUGGACCUCCUGUCCUCAGUGGAUGGCACACCAUCUCUGCCAGUCUCCCUGUCCUGGGUAAGGGACGGCAUCCUAGUUGUGGGCAUGGAUUGUGAGAUGCAUGUGUAUGCCCAGUGGCAUCAGGACAAGAAGCCUGGUGAGGGAGACGAGGGCAACCUCUCAUCCGCAGACAUUGCUGGAGGUCAAACCACCGGUUCCUCCUCAGCCUUUGAAGGGAGAGCCAGGUCCAAGAGUGUGUUUGAAGGAAACACUGCAGUGGACGAGGCCCUUCGUGCGCCGGCUGGACUUCAGGAAGGGGGACUGUUUGAGGCUGCCCACUCCCUGUCUCCAACUCUACCCCAGUACCAUCCCACACAGCUGCUAGAACUCAUGGACCUGGGCAAGGUUCGCCGUGCCAAGGCCAUCCUUGCUCACCUGGUUAAGUGUAUUGCCGGGGAAGUUGCUGUGGUGAGGGAUGUGGAGGCCGGUGAGGGCGGAGCCAGGAGACAUCUGUCGCGAACCAUCAGUGUGACUGGCAGCACAGCGAAAGACACCAUUGUCGCAGGCCGUGACGGAGGCAGGGACUACACAGAGAUUAACUCCAUCCCUCCACUGCCCCUUUAUGCACUCAUGCUGGCUGAUCUAGAUACCUCAUAUAAGGGAGCGGAAGAGGCUGCUAAGGGAGCCAAAGCGGGGGAUGGCGAUGGAGUGCAGAAGUCCACAGAGGACCAGUAUGCUGACCUCUUCCAGGUGCAAGCGGUCACCACAGAUGACUUUGUAAACUUUGCCUCAGACAAACCAGAGAAGAAGUCUCGAGUUAUUAACCUCUCUCAAUAUGGACCCACUUACUUCGGACCAGAGCACGCCCAGGUAUUGUCCAGUCACCUCAUGCACUCCAGCUUACCGGGGCUGACCAGACUCGAGCAGAUGUUCUUGGUGGCCUUGGCUGACACCGUUGCAACCACCAGUGCUGAGGUCACGAGCUCCACUGAUCAGCAGUACACAGGUGGUGAGGCUCUGGACGAGUGUGGGCUGAGGUACCUGCUGGCCAUGCGUCUCCAUACUUGCCUGCUCACCUCUCUGCCCCCUUUGUACCGCAUGCAGCUGCUCCACCAGGGUCUAUCAACGUGCCACUUUGCAUGGGCCUUCCACUCCGAAGCGGAAGAGGAGCUGCUCAACAUGAUCCCAGCGAUGCAGAGAGGAGACCCUCAGUGGUCUGAGCUCAGAGCUGUUGGAGUGGGUUGGUGGAUACGCAACAUCAACACCCUGCGGAAACUGGUGGAAAAGUUAGGUAAAGCUGCCUUCCAGAGACACAAUGACCCUUUAGAUGCUGCUCUGUUCUACUUGGCCACGAAGAAGAAAGCUGUCCUGUGGGGGCUCUUCAGGUCUCAGCAUGAGGAGAAGAUGACUCAGUUCUUCAAAAACAACUUCACUGAAGAUCGCUGGCGAAAGGCAGCCCUGAAAAAUGCUUUCUCAUUGCUGGGAAAGCAGCGCUUUGAACAGGCUGCUGCUUUCUUUCUACUGGCUGGAUCACUCAAAGACGCCAUAGAGGUGCUGAUGGAGAAGAUGGACGAUCUCCAGUUAGCCAUGAUAGUAGCCAGGUUGUACGAGGCCGACUUUGAGAACUCACCCACUUGCCAGGGCCUCCUGUAUGAGAAAGUCCUGGGCUGUAACAAAGAUGGAAGUGGUUACCACUGCUCCAGACUGCACCCGGACCCAUUCCUCCGCAGCAUAGCCUACUGGAUUAUGAAGGAUUACACUCGAGCCCUGGACACACUGCUGGAGCGAAUCCCCAAAGAGGAUGAUGAGAAUCCUGAUGAGACGGUGAAAUCUUGCAACCCUGUGGUGUUUAGUUUCUAUAACUACCUGAGGACACACCCACUGAUCAUCCGUCGCCACCUUGCCGAGGCCACAGCGACAACUGCGGGCGUCACCACUGAGAAGAGCAGCGCGGAUGAGAUCAACCUUAUAGAGCGCAAACUGUUCUUCACUACAGCCAAUGCACACUUCAAGGUGGGCUGCCCAGUUCUGGCUCUGGAAGUGCUAUCCAAGAUUCCCAAAGUUACCAAGAGAUCUGGCUCCUCGCCGCUCAGCAAAGCUUCAUCCAAGGGCAACGUAAACUCAACCCAACCCCUGGAAAAUGGCACCCAGGGCGGUCUGGACUGGAGCUCACCAGGAUUCCCUGCCCAUGCCUGGGGAGGAAAUGAUAGUGGGGGAGGGUCAGACUGGAGCCAGCCUGUAGUCAAGGUGGAGGACGACGAGCUGAAGCUGGACUGGGAAGAUGACAAGAGAGAUGAUGAAGAUGAAGACGAUGAUGAUGAUGAUGAUGAUGAUGAUGGUGGCGGUCUGACAAUGAAGAAACCAGAGUCUGAGUCCAAAGCCGACAGGGGCUCAGAGAGUGGAAGGCCCAAACUACAGAGAGCAGACUCACAGGGUGAGUCGGAGGUGGAUGUCAUUGCAGAGCAGCUGAAGUUCCGUGCCUGUCUGAAAAUCCUCAUGACAGAGCUGCGUACACUGGCCACAGGUUUCGAGGUGGACGGAGGGAAGCUACGCUUUCAACUCUACAAUUGGCUGGAGAAGGAAAUAGCAGGCAUGCAUAUGAUCUGCAACUACAAGGUGGAGGGAAAGGAGGAAGAUACAGAGGUGGAGCGGUGGGGAGAGCGCACGGCAUCAGUGGACAUAUCAGAUGAGGCCCUGGAGCAGACGGAGGCCGGGGCCUACGAGCGUCACCAGAUGGAGCGACGUCGUCUUCAGGCCAAGCAGCAGCACUCUGAGAGGCGAAAGGCGUGGCUGAGGAAGAACCAGGCCCUGCUGAGGGUGUUUCUGUCCUACUGCAGCCUCCAUGGAGCCAAGGGAGGAGGAGUCACUUCUGUUCGCAUGGAGCUUCUGUUCCUUCUGCAGGAGAGCCAGCAGGAGACCACAGUGAAACAGCUGCAGUCUCCUCUGCCUCUGCCGACUACACUGCCUCUGCUAUCAGCUUGCAUCGCCCCCACCAAGACGGUCAUAGCGAAUCCCGUUCUCCACCUCAGCAACCACAUUCACGACAUUCUCCACACCGUCAGCCUGUUGGAGGGCCCGCCACAUCCUGACAUAAUGGAUGAUCGGGUCAGCGCUCUACACACACUAGCAGCUUCUCUGUCUGCUUGCAUCUAUCAAGCAUUGUGUGACAGCCACAGCUACAGCACCCAGACAGAGGCCAACCAGUUUACAGGGAUGGUUUACCAGGGCCUGUUGCUCAGUGAGAGGAAAAGACUUCGCACUGAAAGCAUUGAGGAACAUGUAACUCCCAACUCCGCUCCUGCACAAUGGCCAGGUGUGUCGUCCCUGAUUUCUCUGUUGACGUCUGCCAGGGAGGAGGGCCAGCCAAGGCUCAACGUGCUGCUGUGUGAAGCAGUCGUGGCUGUUUAUCUCGCGCUGCUCAUUCAUGGCCUGGGUACUCACAGCAGCAAUGAACUCUUCCGCCUGGCUGCACAUCCCCUCAACAACCGCAUGUGGGCCGCUGUCUUUGGAGGAGGGGCCAAACUCGUUAUUAAGCCAAAGAGGCCUGAGGCCCCACCAGUGCCAGCUGAUUUUGAGGCAGCCAGGCCAGAGGAGUCUCAAGACGAGACAGGAAGACCUGAGCAGAGCAGCCUCACCCCAAACCCCACUCCCAUCCCCACAGAAACCCAGCGCCCCAAACGACCCCCUCCUGCCCUUUCGAGGGUGGAGGGGUUGGGCACUGUGGCACCAGCAACUAAGGCCAGCUCGGCUCUCCCUCAGCCCCAAGCAGAGGACUCGGACCGAUACAGGCGCAGGUUCAACAUGAGGAUGCUCGUUCCUGGUCGCCCCGUAAAGGAGACGCCGGUCAACCCACCCCCUGUGCCCAUAGAGAGACCCGCCUACAGGGAGAAGUUCAUCCCCCCCGAGCUGAGCAUGUGGGACUACUUUGUGGCCAAACCUUUCCUGCCGCUGUCAGACAGCAACGCUCUGUGCGACUCAGAUGAAAGCGGCGCAGAGGAUGACGAAGACGAUGAUGACGCCUUCCUUUCUGACACACAGAUAACGGAGCACUCCGACCCCAACUCCUACAGCUGGUCUCUGAUCCGCCUGGUCAUGGUGAAGCUGGCUCAUCACAAUGUCAAGAACUUCCUCCCUCUCACCGGCCUCGACUUCACAGAACUGCCAGUCACUUCCCCUCUAAGCAACGCUGUGCUGAAGACUUUAGAGCACUGGGAGCAGCUUCUGCUGGAGCGAAUGAACAAGUUUGACGGCCCGCCUCCCAACUACAUCAACACUUACCCUACUGACCUCAGCGCAGGAGGUGGCCCUGCCAUUCUCCGACACAAGGCCAUGCUGGAGCCAGACAACACACCCUUCAAGACAAAGAACCACCAGUCCUUUCCAGCGCGACGUCUUUGGCACUUCCUGGUCAAACAGGAAGUUCUUCAGGAGACUUUGAUCCGUUACAUCUUUACUAAAAAAAGGAAGCAGUGUGAGUCUGUAGAGAACCAUAUGGACCAUAUAAGCCCAAACUGCAUAGCAGGAGCUAGCCGUCCCUAUAAGGUGGAGGCAGAUCUGGGGUACCCAGGAGGCAAAGCUAAAAUCAUUCACAAGGAGUCUGAUAUUAUCAUGGCCUUUGCCAUCAAUAAGGCUAACUCCAAUGAGAUUGUGUUGGCCUCCACUCAUGAUGUCCAGGAGGUGGACGUGUCCACUCUAGUGGCUGUUCAGCCUUUCACCUGGAUAGGAGAGGACUUUGAUAAGGAGUCCCGCAGCUCUGACGACGGUGACCAUCGUUCCUCUCACACCAACAUUUCCCAGGCCAGCUCGAUCCCUUUUGCACCCCCACAGAUGCAGGUCUCUGCAUCUAUGCCGUGGCUCGGCAGUGGACAGACCAGCAUGGGAGCCAGUGUGAUUAUGAAGAGGAAUUUAAACAAUGUAAAGAGGAUGACGUCUCACCCCAUAUAUCAGUAUUACAUGACGGGUGCUCAGGAUGGCAGUGUCAGAAUGUUUGAAUGGAACCGACCUCAGCAGCUUAUCUGCUUCAGACAAGCAGGCAACGCCAGAGUCACCCGGCUCUAUUUCAACUCCCAGGGCAAUAAGUGUGGAGUCGCGGAUGGAGAGGGCUUCCUCAGCCUCUGGCAGGUCAACCAGACAUCGUCCAACCCCAAACCCUACCUGAGUUGGCAGUGCCACACUAAGACCUGCGGUGAUUUCGCCUUCAUCACGUCCUCCAGCCUCAUCGCCACAGCCGGCCAGUCCAACGAUAACAGAAAUGUUUGCCUGUGGGAUACUCUGAUUUCACCAAGCAAUACCAUGGUCCACGCGUUCCCCUGCCAUGAGAACGGGGCCACUGUGCUGCAGUACGCUCCUAAACAGCAGCUGCUGAUCACCGGAGGCAGAAAGGGCUUUGUGUGCGUGUUCGACAUCCGCCAGAGGCAGCUGCUCCACACUUUCCAGGCCCAUGACUCAGCCAUCAAGGCCCUCGCCCUGGAUGCCUUCGAGGACUUCUUCGUCACGGGCUCCGCAGAGGGCAACAUGAAGGUGUGGAAAGUAGCCGGCCACGGGCUCAUGCACUCUUUCAGCAGCGAGCACGCCAAGCAGUCCAUCUUCCGCAACAUCGGCGCCGGCGUGAUGCAGGUGGAGACGCGGCCCGGCAAUCGCAUCUUCACGUGUGGAGCAGACGGCACCCUGAAGAUGAGGGUCCUCCCCGACCGCUACAACAUCCCUAGCAGCUUGGUCGACGUCCUGUAAUGCCCUCUUCCACUUUCGAGGGUCCAAAGAGAAAAAGGGACAGAAAGACAAAACACAAAAAGCUUAUGUAACACUCACUAGGCAUUAGUAGUAUAACGGAUGGGGGACAACUUAGUCAAAAGACCACCACGCUUUUGGCAUCUUUCCGAGUGUGCAGUGUUCACGGGUUUCCCGCCGAUGUAAAUCAAACCCAGAGUGACAAACGGAGCUGCAAAUAUUUUUUUCCCCAAAGGCUGAAAGCAAAGUUACAAGCAGAAGUUAUCAUACUUGAUUUUAAAGCUAGAUUUAUUGUAAUUUUAUUGAAGAAUCUCUACUCUUAGAGUGUGUCCAUAGGGAAGCUAUGCAUGUCCUGUUCUCGUUACGCGGUGCAAUCACAGGUCUAUUGAUAGUGCUCUGUAAAAGUGCUCAAGCAAAAAUUUUAAAAGUGUGUAACUGUUGUCAUUUUGUGCCCACAGCUGAAAUCUCUUAGCAUCUACUGUAACCAGCACUGUGGUUUGUUAUUAAGUCAGUGGUUUCCAGUGUGAAUCGAGUUGUUGGAAUCUGCAUUUUGUUUCAAUGGUUUGAAACCCCCCACCCCACCACACUUCCUUUGCCCCAGCCUUUUUGCCCGGCUUCUCUCGGCCCUUAUGGAAGAGUUGAUGGUGCAUCGCUCCUGUAGUGGCACCCCACCCCCCCUACUUCACUGGCUGCCCAUCACUCCCUCUGGCCUCUCCCGGCGUGGGCUCGACCCGCCCAGGCCCGGCCCGGCUUGGUUCCUGGAGCGUGUGUUUCACUCCGCUGUGUCUGCCGUCGUCACGCCUGCCCGCUCACCCGCCCUCAAAUGCCUGUUUGUGUGGCGAACGUCACUGCUAGAAACAUUCCUGUUUGGAAGAUGAUGUGUUUUACUCCUGUGACUGUGAUUUUCAAUGUUUCCAUCUGUCUGGUCCAAACCUGAAACACCCCCACAGAGCAGAAACACAAAGGUUCACUUCUAGUUUGCACAAGAUGAUUUUUUUUUUUAUCAUUUAAUUUAUUUAUAUGUUUGUGUUUGUUUGUUUGUUUGGCCAUUCCUUUGUCAAACUAUUUAACUUAUUGCCUUUUAUUUUAGGAAUGUAAGGGGUUUUACCAUAUCGGACUGGGAGAAGUGCAACACAGUGUAUGUACGUGUGCGUUACCUCGCUAGUUGUUUUUACUGUUUCGUCCAUAAGAACUAGAUAUUUGCACUCGAAAUUCCGGAGACACUAAAAGUUUAUUUCCAAUCAAUAGGUUAAUGAAGAAGAACCUGUUAUAUACAAAUGAAUGUCUGGCUUCAUUUGGCCUAGUGGUAAAAUGUUUGAAAUAGUUUUAAUAUAUAAAUGAUAUAAAUAAAUAUAUAUAUAUAUAUAUAUAAAUGAUCUUAAACGUAUAUAUAUAUAUAUAAAUAUAAUCACAACAGCUUGUACAAACAUUAAAGCAUUUCUUUAUUUUUGUUCCCGUUCGUAUCAUACCAGCUGGAUUAGUUGUAACUUUUGUUAAGUGUAUGUAUGGUAUUUAUUAAAGAGAUUUGUGUUUCUCUCCCUCUCUCUGCCCACUAUGUGUACUGUAUGUAUCGUUUGUGUUUUACCGAUGGUCCUGCUGGUGUCCGAUGCAUGUGUAUGUAUGUAUGUAUGUGUGUGUGCGUGUGUGUACAUGUAAUGAUGCAAAACAAGCCAGUAUCAUGGGUAGACACUUACUAGGGCACUUGAGCCUGAAGGUAUGUGAGAGAACAGGUCAUGGUCAGAGUUUUACCUUUGUAAAGUGAAUAAAUUCUUUUUAUUUCAUCAGG